AUGGCGAACGCAACACUUUCUUCCCCUCUUCGGGGAUUGUGCCCGGCUCCCUUCUACGAUGCUUCGAAGUUUGGCUUUGGUGGAUCUGUCGAGGGACGAUUCUGUGCUACCAUUCCCACGUUGGGGGACUGCUGCCUACCUUGUCCUGCAACCGACUACCUGUACCCUGAAGACUUCAAGAAAUGGUACCGCGCUGCUGAGGCACUCAACCUAGUCGGGCUCGUGUGUAUGGCCUUUCUACUGUUGUCUUUCAUAUGUCUCCCUGCUGAGCAGACACGUCGGCACUAUCUCAGUUACUGUCUGAUUAUCGCUGCAAUGUUCCUAGCACUUGGGUUCGUUAUUCCAUUCGGUGCCAGACCAGAACAAUGCUACGAUGAAAUCACGCCAAACGACAUGUAUACAAGCCUUACCUGCGCCUUCUCUGGCGCCUUCAUCAUUGCUGGAGGCAUAUCCAUCGCCGUCUGGAUUUUCAUUCGCGCAUUGUCGAUGCACCUUCAGAUCUGCUGGGACGUCAUGCCAGGAAAGCGUUUUUUCUACUGGGCGCAAGGCCUUGGCUGGACCAUCGCAGCAGCAUUCUUCACAGCCACCAUCACUGUGACAGGGGUGUCGUUCCGCUUCGGCGAUGUUUGUCACGUCAAUGCUUCGCAUUCGCUCGCCGACUUCUGGGGUCCUCUUCUCGCUAUUGCAGGCGCCGCAACCUUGAUCCAGAUUGGGACUUUUGCUUACUGCAUCAAGGUAUAUCUACAAAGCAUGUGGAAUGACGACAAGACCGAGACGCAAAGUAGCAUGGGCUUGCCAUCGUACACUACCAGCAUCAAAACCCGGUCACCUCGUGUGAUCUAUCGCCGUGUACGCAAGGUUGUUUACCUACAAUGGCGCGGAAUUACCAUCGUGGUCUUCAUCCUCGUCGACGUCGUAUUCUUUUCAGUUAUCUUCAUUUGGCUCAACUCGAUUACAUCUCACGCUACCGACAAGAUUAAAGAUGCGAUGCCUUUCUUGCUUUGCCUGAUCAAGAAUCCUAGCAGCCAUGAGCAAUGUACACCGCUCGCGGAAGCCCUGUUCGUCAACAAGUCAACUGUGAUCGCGAUUCUGAUCAUGCUGUCGUUGGCUGGCCUUCAAGUCUUCAUCCUCUUGGUCCGCGCUUCCAUGUUCACCGGGUGGAUAGAUCUUAUUCGCUGCAAGGUCGGCAGCAAAAGGGAAUUCGUGUCCCUUGAUGCUCACAAGUACGCGGUCGGCCCCCAUCAAUUCGAGCUGGAACAGGUUCAGCCCAGCAUUGCCACUUACCCGGUUCCACAAAGCGCAGACGUGAGCCCGAUAAGCCCGAAAGAGAAGGGUGACAUCGACCCCUACCGACGGUCGGUCACAGGUACGCCAGAAUACUUUAGCAAAGAAGCCGCCCGCGAGUACACAACACCAACCCUGAGCUUCUCAACUCCUCGGGCGCCAUCGCAGGCCGUCACACGUGCCGAAUGGGACCCGCGCGCAACUCACGCAAGAGGUGGCCUAGGUUUCCAUCCCCCACUGCCGCACGAGGACGAAUACCAGGCAGAGAACAAGAUAUGA